AAGAAUUUUAAAUACUUAUGUUUUGUGCAGGUUCACUAAUAACAUAUUGAGCAUGGCACAACAAGUAUUUCUUCAAAAAUCAGGGGUUACAAAAAAUCCAGUGAGUAAAUUCAGUGAUAAUAUCAUUAAGAAGGAGGAGCAAUCCCAAAUUCAGAAAUCUGUUUUUGAAACCAGCACCAUCAUAAAGGAACCCCAAGUGGAAAAGUCAACUUCAGAGGGGCUCUGUCCUGGUGAAAGAUUUAAACAAUUAAAGGAGCAAGAAGCAAGGAGGAGACAACAAAGGGAGGAAGAGAAGAAGAAAGCUGAAGAGGCAGCUGCUAAUGUAACUCAAACGAAUGGAGCACAUGAGAAAGAGGCUAUUUCAGUUCAAGGGAAAAGUGGAGAUGAAGUUGAGUCAAGUGAUUCCAAGAAUGGAAGCCCUAAUUCUUUGACUGGUAUGACCAAUUCAUCCAGCACUGAUUAUCGUGUUGUGAAUGGCAAUCUUUCUAAUUUGGACUCCAAGGAAGAUCAAAGGACUUCAGGCCUUUUAUUGAAUCGAGUUGUUGUGUCCAACUUUUAUUCCCUCUGUUUUAUCUGUAUUAUGCUUCCGUACUUCCUGGUAGGAUUCACCAGUAUGGUGAUAACAUAAUAACUUGUAAUGGUAAAAAAUUGGUAGUUAUUUUUAUUCGUUGCAGUCUUUGGUGUUGCAAGCAGUUUCUUUCUUCCGUUACCCCUUCAGGCAAUUGGGUGUGUUGCAAGGGUCUCAAAAUCAAAUAAAUGGAUGGCACUGUUUUUGUUUCAUCAGAAUGUAAGAUUAAUUUCUGACCAUUUGAUUACCAUCUCAUUUAUCCAG